CUGUCCCUGUUGUAAUCUGCUCUGAAUGAGACAAAGACUUAUUUUAUUCUGUUAAAACUCGUUAAUACGUGGAAGUGUUUCAACAGUAGUCUGUGUCAAUAAUUUAUCAGAUUUAACUAACAACGGAAGUGAACAAUCUAAAAGUUUUAACCAUGUCUUCUCUGAUGGAUUCUAUUAUAUCCAAAAUGUUGGAGGGUGGAGUGGAAUUAGCAAGGCACUUCCUGAAAGAGAAUGGUUAUGAAAACUUUACUAUUGCGAAGUGGAAACAAGCACAACAGCACCCAGAUUUGCCAGAUAUUUUCGGAUACAGUGUACUAUUGGAGAAGCUAUUGUUCACGGGCGUCGGUGACUUUGUUGUACACCAACUGAAUUAUAGCUCCCUGGACUCUAAGUUAUACUUCGAUGUGUCUUUCCCACGGCUGGAGUUUUCAAUCGGUAAAGGUGAGGCUGAACUAAAUUUUCUCGGAGCGAAAUCAAGUGGAAAAGCAAAAGGGCAAUUCACCAUCUUCGAGCUCCGUAUACUUGGUGAAGCCAUAUUUGACAUUUCUGACGACUUCGAUUUUAAAUUACGCAGCGUUUCCAAUUUGCAGUUUAAAGUCAAAGCCAUUAAGACCAAAAGGGUGAACGUGAAAAUCAACAACAUUGAUUAUUCGAAGACAGUCGAAACUUUUUUGAUGAAAACCGUGCCGGAGUUUAUUAAAUCAAACGAGACUGUAAUAAACGAAAAUCUUGCAAAGAUACUAUAUCAGGCAGUUCACUCAUGAGCUUCGAUUGGUACUUCGACACUUGGCACGUGGAAAGUAAUUGCCAAGUACCGGCCAAGUUGGAUGGAUGAAAAGGCAAAAGAAAUGAAUGAAUGGAUGAAAAUUUAAAACGCGUACCUACCUACUAACAAUUUCGAUCAUGUUGAGAAAUCGUGGAUCAUAAUUGCAUGCUUAAGU